AUGUCGGAAUCCGAGAGCUUCGAAGUCGUCAACCGAGAAGAGUCCAUCUUGUCGGGAGAAGAGACAACGGGCACCGGUACAACCACUUCACCCCAUGAAACCCCCAAGAAGAGCGCCCCGAAUGGCUCCAAACCUCCCAGUGUUGCCUCGCCAAAGGCAAAAGUAGGCGUCUCUUCGACAACCGGCGCGCGUCGUCCCACCACUACCGGCACAACUGCCGCAAAGACCACGACAAGCGCGACGACCAAGCCUACGAGCGGCCUCAAGCAGCCCCCGACGCGCCCGCCUGCUGGUACAGUCAAGAAGCCUGCAACCGCAGGAACCACGGGAACCACGACAACCCACAGAUCUCGGCCUUCUAUAUCAGAGAGCGAGAAGAGCACGUCCUCUAUCAGCGGCCCUGCUCGCCGGCAAUCUGUCGUGCCUGGAAGCGGUACUUCGACGACGGCUAGAACAACAAGACCUGCCACUUCCACUACGGCAUCCACCACUGCUGCUGCUCGGAAGCCUGUGUCUGCGACUGGCACUGCUGCAUCCCCGCGAGCUAGUAGCACCACUGCAAGACCUGCGGCGUCGAGCACCACUGCAGCCAGUCGAACCACUUCGAGCCGCCUGUCCACUUCCUCGACCACCGCUAGACCUGCCGCCGCGAGACCAGCAACCGCUACUACCUCGCGAGCUCCCGGACAUGCUAGUCGGCUGUCUACCUCUUCUACAUCUACAGCUGCCGCCGCUGCCGAGUCCGCUAAGGCUGUGGAGGAAUUGAAGGCUCAGCUUGCUGAAAAGGAGUCGGAGAUUGAGUCUCUCAAGUCUCAAGUCACCUCAUCUCAGGACAAGGUCACGGAGUUGGAGCAAAAGAUACAGGCAGAAGUAGGGGGUGUUGAGGGUGCUGAGGAUGCGCUUCAAAAGGGCCAAGAAGAGCUGCUUGAAAGUCUGAAAGCCACACAUGCUUCGGAAAAGGAGGCUCUCGGUGCUGAAAUAUCAGAGGCUUUGGAUAAGCUCAAGCUUGCAGAGGAUGAACUCGAAGCACACAAGGCCAAGCUCUCAGAUAUUAGUACCUCUCGGGAAGGAGAGGAGAGCUCCCUGGCUGAGAUACAGGCCAAGCUUGACACUUUGCAAGCCGAGAAGGACUCGAGCGAUAAAGACAACGAAGCUGCUCUAUCCAAGGCCACCGAGGAACAUGCUGCAAAACUUGCUGAACUAAAGCAGUCUCUCGAGGACCAGCAUCAAGCUGCUAUUGAGGCUCUCAAAGCAUCCCACAGUGCUGAACUUGACACCACCAAGUCUUCUCAAGAUGAUCAGGAGAAAUCUUUACUGGAUCUCAAGGCCUUGAACGAGGAAUUGCAGACAAAGGUUGAGGCUUUAACCACAGCUACCGAGAGCGAGGGCGCUGCCACGACUUCAAGAAUCACUGCACUCGAAACGGAACUCGCAGAAGUCAAGGCUGCGGCUGAACAAGACAAGGCAGCACUGGCUGCUUCUCAAGCUGAGGCUGAGGAGCUGAAGGCCAAAUUGGAGGAAGCCACUCAAUUACUUGAAACCACCAAGGCAGAGCUUGAUUCAGUCCGCACCGAAUUCACAUCAUUGAAGGAGGAUAUGAGCAAGCUGGAUGCCGCUUCAGAAUCCCACAAGCAGCUCACCGACGAGUUUGAGAAGUUCAAGGUUGAUCACAAGGCUGCUGUGGAGAGGCAUGAGAACCAGCUCAAGACUAUUUCUCAGGAUUACGAAGAGGAAAUCGAGAAGCUCCAAGGCGAAGCACACUUUAAGCGAAAGUUUCACGAGCUUGAGACUCAGCACAACGAGCUCGAGUCCAAACACAAGGACUUGACCAGCACCUACGAGUCAGCGAUUGCUAUCCACGAAGAAGCUUUGCAAGCUGCCAAGGAUGCACAUGCCUCUGCUAUUGAGGGCAGCACGGCGGAUCAUGAGAAGGCUCUGAAUGAUCUGCAAUCUACCCACGCUUCUCUGCUGGAGCAAGCUCGGAGCGGUUCCUCGGCUGAUAAAGAAGCACACGUGAAAGAGCUGGAGGAGUUGGCAGCUAAACAUGCUGUCGAGUUGGACGAAGCACGAAACGGCGCAUCGGCCAAUGAGGACGCUCACAAGCAAGCUCUGGAGGACCUGAAAGCUAGCCAUGCACUUGAACUGGAGCAGACUCUGAGCAAGUCGUUGGAAGAAUUGAAGGCCCUACACGCCCUUGAACUCGAGCAGGCACAGUCUGGUGCGUCGGCGGAAAGAGCUCUGUUGCAGAAGACGUUGGAGGAACUUCAAGCCAGCCAUGCCCAAGAGCUAGAACAGGCUCAGAGCAAGGCUUCUGAGCAUCUGAAGGCCGAGCAUGCCCGGGAAUUGGAGGAGGCCCAGAACAGUGCAUCGACUGACAAGGAAGCGCUUCAGAAGACAUUUGAUGAACUCAAGGCUAGCCAUGCUUUGGAGCUUGAAGAAGCUCUAAGCAAGGCGCUGGAUGAGCUAAAGACCCAACAUGCCAGCGAGCUGAGCGAAGCCCAAAGGGGUGCAUCGGCCGGUAAAGAGGCUCUCCAGAAAGAGCUGGACGAGCUGAAGGCUCAACAUGCCAGCGAGCUGAGCGAAGCCCACAGUGGUGCAUCGGCCAGUAAGGAGGCACUCCAGAAAGAACUGGACGAGCUGAAAGCUCAACAUGCCAGCGAGCUAAGCGAAGCCCAUAGCGGUGCAUCGGCCGGUAAAGAGGCUCUCCAGAAAGAGCUGGAUGAGCUGAAGGAUAGUCACACCACUGCCGUCGACGCCUUGAAAGUCAAAGAGGAAGAACAUCAGAAGGCCCUUGAUGCGCUGCAGGCUAGCUUUGCCAUGGAUUUGGAAACGGCCAAGAGUGGCGCCUCCAGUGACAAAGACGUCCUCGUCGCUGAGCUCUCAGACUUGAAAGCUAGUCAUGCCAAAGCUAUCAAGAUUUUGAAGGAACAAAGCCAAGAUGAGCUGACAAAGGCGCUGGACGGUUUGAAAGCAUCCCAUGCCGAACAUAUCAAUAAUCUUACCCAAGAUUCGGAAUCUCGCAUCCAAGAACUCAAGGCUAGCCACGAGACGGAAUUGACGGGCAAAUCCUCCGACGAAGCCGCGUACGCUGAACAAUUGGCUGUGCUACAAGAGGCCCUGGAAAAAGCCCAGCAAGAUAUUGUCACUGCUAACCAGGAACACUCGGCUGCACUUGAGGAGUUCAAGAAAGCCAACGACGAGGCUCAUUCCGCAGAGGUUGAGAAGCUUAUUCAUAUGCAAGCUGAGGCUCUGGACGCUGCGAGACGCGAGGCAUCCGGUUCUCAGGCUGAGGCGGCUAAAGCCCUUGAGGCAAAGCACGUGCAAGCUAUCGAAGACAUCACCCGUGAACACGAAACCAAGCUAGCUGCCAGUGCAGAAGACUUGGCAAAGCAUCAGUCGACUUCAUCGCAAUACGAAGCUUCUCUUGUUUCCGCCAACGAGGCCCUAGCAAAGGCGCAGGCAGAAGCUCAGGACUUGCAAACCAGGUUGUCCCAAGCAACAGCUGCCAACGCAGAGUUGGUCACCUUGCAAGAAGAAUCCGAUUCGCUUAGGCAGCAGCUUGCGGAAGCCAAGAUGAACAACGUGGAGCUUGAGGCAGAAAUUGAUGCUGUCAAAAACCAGAGGCAGGACACGUCCGUGGCCGAUGCGCUGAAGAAGGAACUCGAGGAGAUUAAGAAGCAGUAUCUUGCUGACAUUGAAGCAACGAGAGCCGAAAAGGAGCAACUUCUGGAAGACAAGAAGCAUGCCGCUUUGGACUAUGAGGCUGUGAUCAAGAAGCAUUGCGCGGACCUCAAGGUGGCCAGGGAAGGCGCUACAGAGACUGCCGAAGAAGUGGCUGAUCUGAAGAACCAGCUGCAAGACAGGCAAGCUAACCUACAAAAGCUUGAAUCAGAGAUUGCUAGCAUCAAGCGAGACAAUGAGGUCGCUGCCAAGGAAUUCGAGGCUCACAAGGAUGAAACCACUGCCAAGGCGCGCAAGCAUGAGGCCGAUUAUACUGACAUGUACGAGAGCAUGACGGCCAUGGUUAUGGAGGAGCACAAGAAGCGUGAGGUCUUGGAGAAAAAUCUGAAGGAUGCCGAGGAGAAGCUUCAGCAUGCUGAAGACAAGAUCCAGCAUGCCGAGAAGAUUCAGACAAGAUUUGAUGAACUACAUGCGCAACUCAAGGUCAAAGAUGCAGAGAUUGCGGAGGCCAAGCAGGCGGUGGCAGCGGCAGCACCUUCCAAGAGAGGUGGUUUGGCCUCUAGUAGAUUUGCCAAUGCCUCUGGCGACGACGACGCGACUGAGAAUUCGACAGAACCUCCCCGUGUGGAAGGUGAGGAUGAUGAUCCAUAUUCCGUUGCUGUAGCCUCGGUGCGCACAAACCCCUAA